GAACCCCCAAGGCGUGCAUAGGCAAUUUGUUGUUACUUAUGGAGCUCAAAAGUUGAGGACCUAAACGGCCAGCAGCAGGUGCAGCGAUGCUCCUUCGCGCAAGUACUUCGCCAUGCAGACUUGAAGCUGCGGUCUCCCAGCGCAAACGCGUCGUCGCCAGGGCCUUGGGGCCUCACCAAAAGCUACUCCUUAUACCAGAUGGCUUCAAGGAACGCGUGGCGGCAAGCUUUGAGCCGCGAGCUGCGGCGUAUGAUACUGGAAAUGUCUUUCACUCGCAGCUGGCCGAGUCCUUGCUGAGUCACUUGACGCUGCGCAUGGGCGACCGGGCCCUGGAUGUGGCGUGCGGCACGGGGAUGGUGGCGCUGCCGCUGGCGCGGGCGGUGGGCCGGGCCGGCCGUGUGGUGGGUCUGGACCUGUCGGGGGGCAUGCUGGCGGUGGCGCGGGCCAAGGCGGAGGCGGAGGGCCUCAUGGCGCCACACGGCCCCCUGGAGCUGGUGGAGCAGGACGUGGACGCCGCUUCCUUCCCGCCUGGCUCCUUGGACGUGAUCACCUGCUCCGCGGCGAUACCCUUCCUGCCCGACACGCCGCGAUCCCUGGCCACCUGGUGGAGCUGGCUGCGCCCCGGGGGCGACGGCGCCGAUGCCGGCGGCCGUGGCGGCGGCGGCGGUCGUGGUGGCGGCGUGCUGGCCUUCAACGCCUUCGCCACGCCCAACACCCCCGAGUACGGCAUCUUUCUGAGGCUGCUGAAGGACAGGCACGGCAUUGAGGUGGAGGACCCGUGUGAGCGGCUGGGCAGUGAGGAGCGCUGCCGCGCGGCCAUGGCGGCCGCGGGCUUUGUGGAUGUGCAGGUUGUCCGGGAUGAGUUUGACGACACGCGGCCGCGACCCCUGGCAGCCUUCGUGGAGGGCUGGUGGCGGCAGUGCGCGAGCAGCCCCUUCGCGCCGCUGGACGCGCUGCUGAGCCCAGGGGAGGUGGAGGCGCUGCGGCAGGAGUUUGUUGAGCAGGCGACCGCCUCCGCCGCUCAGCGGGUGGUGGGCGGCUCAGUGGUUAACCGGGCGGUGACAUUCGUGGUGACGGGGCGGAGGCUGUAGUGAGGGCGGCAGCCGUCAAAGAUCGAGACGUGUACCGCUCUUGUUUAGGGGAGCACAAGGGAAGAAACAUGCGGGGCAGUGUACGGCAUGCGAUGUCUUGGGUGUGCAUGCCUGCGAUAGUUUGUCCAUUCGUGCCAGUCAGCCAGGGGCCGGUUGCGGCUCAGUAGGCUGUGGCGCUGUGCGGGCUGUGGACCAGUGGUUAUGUGGCGAGGUUGUGGACCAGGUUAUGUGGCGAGGUUGUUAUAGCGCUUAGGCUGCUACUAGGCUGGCGCCACACACGCUGCAAUGUAAGGGACAAGGGUACCAGGUGCAGGCACUGAGGAUGCCCAAGGAGAUCAGAAUUGUGGUUGGUGCGUCAUUGGCUGGCGCAACGUUAUGUACUCAGGUGAUGAGCAUUACGGUAUUAAGUGACACGGGGUGGACCCCGCCUGUUGAUAAAACUUCCCGGUCGGACCCACGUCGCACUUGUAAAUCCAAAGGGCU